UGUUCUUCUGAACCAGGAAAAGCUUGAAAACAACGGCAACCUUUGCCAACAACGUGUAUUUAUGAUUUUAUGGGCGUUGCAAAUAAUCAGCAAGAUGAUUUGGAGAGUGCAGUAGCUGUGUACAUUUCCCGUCUCCUCGUUCUUUGGUCACGCGUGUGUAUGUUGCACUAACUCACUGUAUUACCGAUUGGUAAAAUCCCUAUGGUGAAAAAUGAAUGGGAUGGAGUGAUGAAAGAAAUCGUGGUAACACCGAGAAAGCUGCCUUAGCAGCACCGCUAUCGCACAACUCUAGGGACAUAGACCUUCAAGAAAAUCACUGAGACAUCGUCAUCCCAAGUGAGCCCGACCUGGCCCAUGGACUAUAGCAUGCAAUCUUGCUUGCUGCAUCGCCAUCGCUGCCUUGGUUGGUGACAGGAGGCUCUGGAGAAGGAGUGUCCAUCAAGCCCUAAAGGGCCAUAGCUUGGUCAUGAUGGACCACAGGAGAGCUCUAACCAUUUCACUGGCUGUUGACAAGGUGGAUAACGCUCAAAUGGGAAGUCCACUCAAAAUCCCUAAGACCCUCCUUUCUUCAGAGUUGGGAUGUGGGAAUGAAGAGGCACAGAUUCAUUGGUCCCAGAUUGCUGGAGACAGAAUCAAACUCCAAGAUUCCCGUCAGCAGAAUGGAUCCAUCUCUUUGGAUCAUGGCCAGGUGGCUUUAGCCCAAGCGGCAAUGGACAGGCAGGUCCAGUUGGUCCUCACGGACGUUUUAAAGACUGAACAGGGGCUGGCCUACCUGGACAAGAAAAGGCGUGGCCUGAUGACUGACAAUGGAGAGACAAAGAGAGAGUCGUGGGUGGGGAGUAGGCAGAGGGUGUCUCCGAGCAGCAGAGAGGGGGGGGAUGAUCGGAGAGAUGACCCCCAAUACAGAAAGAGACCCCAUGACCACGACACACCCACCUCGACCCGCAAGGAGACGAGGUCACACCAUAGAGGGGGGUCAGAGGAAGAAGAGGAGAUGAAAGAAGUCAUAAUAGGAGAGGAGAACGAGGGUAGUGUGUCAGGGAGGCGCAGGUCUGGGGUACCUCUGGAGGAGGUGACCUUUACUGAGGGGGACAGGCACCAGAAAAAGCGUUACCCACAAUCCACCAGGACCAGGAAGUUCAAUUCAGGUUCAAGUGAAUCCACACGCGCUGAGAGGGAGAGAUGUAGGAGGGAGUCUGGGCUCUACUGUAACGGACAGGUGAAGGAUGGAUGGAUGAAGGAUGGCGCGGUGGAGAGCUUGACCACAGACACCUCCAGGCGCUCCAGGGAGAGCGUGCUGCGCCUGUCCGGGGAGUCCAGAGGCGUGGGAGGACUGCUUCCAAAACGGCUCUGUCUGGAGGGGACAGGGGGCAGAGACACCAAUGUAGCAUCCAUAGAGGUAGAGGUGGAUCCCUCCGACUUUGACGGGACCUUGAUGGUUGUCACUGUGGGAGAAGACGAGGAAGUUGUUAGCCCCUCUAACCCCAGCUGUGGAAAGGAGAGGAGAGGAACCCUGAGGCUCUGCCUGUCCUCCAGUCAGGAUAGGUCGCCCAAACCCAGCCCUGCUGAACCCAUUGUUCUCUCCAGUGAUGAGGAGGAGGUAGUCACCCCAUCCCGCAGUUCAGUCCUUUGGCCACAGACUGGCGCUAGUGAUUCUAAGCCCCAGAGAAAUCAUUCUCAGGAACAAAUGGUGGCAGAGAUGCACUCUCAGUUGGUGCCUGUGGUGGUGACCGGAUUUGGGGUGGCCCCCUUCCCCAGCACUGAGGACUCUGAGAAUAUGGGCCUGCCCUUCUCUUCCCUGCACUGUGGGGGGGUCCGUGGGGAGGCCAGCGGGAACCUCAGGAUCACAAACCAAAGAAUCAUCAUACCAAUUCAAGACCCUCAGGGCUUUUGUGCUCUUUUUCACCUUUCUGCUGGUGAAAUCUGUCUGCAGAGAGCUAACGUGCUUUCCCCUGUGACUCCUGAUCACUACUGUAUAUGGAAUAAGCCUUCGGGCCUGGUAGAAGUGAUGGUGACCGUGGAGCGCUGUCAGCUGUGGCGGUACAGCGUCUGGGACUGGGAGGAGCUACAGGAGAGAGGGCUGGGGUGGGAGGUUGAGGGGGAGAGGGGGCAGCUGCCCCCCGCCCUCCUCCUCCUCUACGUGUCAGACACCCAGGCAGCCGCUGUCCAAGAAGACCUGAGUGAGCUGUCAAUCAAACAGGCCUUAGACCCACCCACUGGUCAAGCCAGUCCCUUUCUCUUGCUCACUCUGUGCGACCCUCUGGAGGGGGUGGAGGGGGCUCUCCUUCGCUCCAUCCUCGACAUCAUCUGUCUCAACAACACCCCGCACGUCGACGCUACACGGCUCCGUGGCAGCUCUCCUGCCAACUGGGUUGUUGACCUCCACAGUCCCCUCCUGUCAUUGGAUGACAGUCUGGUGCUGGUCAGCAGAACUGGACUGGACCCGCAGCUACUCUCCCUACUGGGCCAUAACAGUGCCAAGCCUGGGACAGAGCCAGACCAGGACCAAGAACCAGAACAGGACAGAGACACACCUGGGCUGGAGCUGGACCCUCUGGACAGAGAGGUGGAAGGGGAGUCCCAGACGCUACCAGACACAGAUACACAGAUGGAGGAGGAGCAGAGGGAGGGGAGUCCAGUCCAGCCCAGACCCGUGUACACAGUGUGUCACCACAGAACCAGAGGCUCCUACUCUGUGUCCCUGGGUCCCAAGCCUGGCUCCAACUGGACCCGGUACACACACCAGGGCCCCACACGCAGGUUGAUCCAGUUUCCUCCACCGCCUUCCAAAGGAGGGAUCACCGUGACAACAGAAGAUCUGGAGUGCCUUGACAAUGGCCAGUUCCUGAAUGAUGUCAUCAUCGAUUUCUACCUCAAGUAUCUGCUCCUGGAGAGGGCUCCACAGGAUGUGGCUGAUCGCUCUCAUGUCUUCAGUAGUUUCUUCUACAAGCAGCUCACACGCAGAGACAACGCAAGUGAGGACAGCACCAGCAUCUCAGCACAGCAGCGGCGGCACCAGCGAGUGAAGACGUGGACACGACAUGUGGACAUCUUCAAGAAAGACUUCCUGUUUGUGCCUGUCAAUCAGGAAGCCCACUGGUACCUGGUGGUGAUCUGCUUCCCUGGCCUGGAGGAGCCCCAGUGUGAGGAGUGGCGCAGCCCAGCCUCGCGGAGGGGAACAGGGGGGGAGAAGUCAGGCAAGGCCCAGGCUGAAGAGGAGGCCUCCGGGUCUGAAAAGCUUAAUGGUGUCACUGAUGUUCCCCCUAGUCCCACCAACACUGACAACCAGGACAAACUGACACUUACAGUUUCAGAGAGUGUUGUCCAGGGUGACUCAGUACUCCAGCCCCCUCCUGGUCCUCCGGACUGCACUGAGAAGACCUGCCACAGAGAGAAUGUCUGUAAAAGACCCUGCAUUCUCAUCAUGGACUCCCUCAAGUUCUCCCUCCAUGAGCGUGUCUUCAAACUCUUACGGGAGUAUCUGCAGUCAGAGUGGGAGGUGCGUCGGGGCUCUGUGCGUGAGUUCAGUUCUGAGCAGAUGAGAGGCUCCCACUGUAAAGUCCCUCUACAGGACAACAGCAGUGACUGCGGCCUCUACCUGCUGCAAUAUGUUGAGAGUUUCCUGCAGGACCCUGUGGUGCACUUUGAGCUCCCCCUGCGCCUAGAACACUGGUUCCCACGGCAACAGGUGCGGAGGAAACGAGACGAAAUCAGGGACCUGGUGCUAAACCUGUACAGACACCAGAGGGGCACGGUGGGUAGUAUAGGAAACAUGGGAAAUGUAGGCAGUUAGGCACGGUAACCACCUUGGGAAUCUGCUCAUGCUGAGCAAACAGGAAAUUGACAUUUCAGCCAGUGAUAUGGAAAUAUGAUUUCUUAGACAAUAAGCGUAUGUAGUUGUUUCACCGGCCAGCAGGGCCGUUCAAACAUACAGUACAUGCAGAUGUCUCAUCAUGUCAACAAGAAAUUAGCCCCUAACAUCAGAUGUUGUUUUAAUGACGUAAAUCCAACUGAGGAUGGAUAUAAAAUACUUGCUGUAGUAGCUGUUGAGUUGCUGUAGCUCAGGUUCUUGUUUGAAGUUGGUGCAUUAAAGGGUCAUUCCACAGAAAUUCAACAGUUAAAACUGUUAUUUUUUUACCCUUUCAGUAGAAUGCCCCUUUAAAGAGUCUGUCCCCACUGCAUCUUCUAGAUAGAACCACAUACCACCACUAUAGCCUCAUUUAACACAAGAGAUCAGAUUCAACAGGGUCUCCCUUUUAUUCUUUUACCUGUUUUACGAUGAAUUCCCCCCCUCCCCCAUGUGAUUCUAUUGUAAAUGUUAUGUCAGUUUGAUUUUUAUAUGUGGAUUUUGUUUUAAAAUGUACAUUUUGAUGAAAACCUGUUUUGAAUAUAAAAUAUAAUAAAUGCAUUUGUAGUCGGAA